AUGGUACUGAUAAAGCUCGAUUCAACGGUUGGCGCCAUGGAUGCCACGGCGUCUUCCAAAGACUCGGCAGUUCUUCACAGAAAUCUGAAUACGACCUUUUUGAACAUGACGAGGUCUGAAGGUAAUUUUCUCAUCCUCGAGAACGGCCGCAGGAUAUUCGAUGCUUCGGGAGGCGCUGCGGUCGGUUGCCUUGGCUGGGGCAAUCAGAGAGUUGCCCAAGCUGUCACAAACCAGGUACUUGCCGCGCCAUACUGUGCAACCAUUUUCUACACCACCAGGGUCCAGGAAGAGCUAUGCCGCGAUUUAGUCCAGUCAACGAAUGGGGCCAUGGCGCGUGCUUACAUCGUCAACUCAGGCUCUGAGGCAAUGGAGGCGGCUGUGAAGCUGGCCAGGCAGUACUUCCUUGAGAUUGACCAGCCACAACGGACUCUGUUCAUCUCCCGGAAGCAGUCAUACCACGGCAUCACUCUUGGUGCACUAGCCAUCGGUGGCCACGAGGUUCGGCGGGCCAAGUUCGAGCCACUCUUGACAAAGAAUGUCUCGAGAGUAUCGCCGUGCAACGCAUUCCGCGGUAAAGCGCCCGGUGAGUCGGACGAGGACUACGCGAAGAGACUGGCCAAGGAGCUCGAUGAGGAAUUUCAGCGAGUAGGACCAGAGAAUGUCUGCGCUUUUGUCGCUGAGCCCAUUGUUGGAGCUGCCCUUGGAUGUGUGCCUGCUGUUAAGGGCUACUUCAAAGCUGUAAGGGAGGUGUGUGACAAGUAUGGCGCACUCUUGAUCCUUGACGAGGUGAUGUGUGGUAUGGGGAGGAGCGGCACCCUGCACGCAUGGGAGCAAGAGGGCAUUGUUCCAGAUAUCCAAACGAUCGGAAAGGCCCUUGGUGGCGGUUACCAACCCGUAGCCGGCCUUCUGGCUGGUCACCGAGUGGUCAACGCACUCGAAAAGGGUACCUCUGUCUUCGUCCAUGGCCACACAUACCAGGGUCAUCCUGCCGGAUGUGCCGCAGCCCUGGAGGUGCAGCGGAUUAUUCGAGAGGAGAACCUUUUGAGCAACGUCCGGGCAAUGGGCGAUCUUCUGUCGACAAGGCUGCGUGAGAUCCUUGCAGGUCAUCCGAAUGUCGGUGAUAUCCGUGGCCGCGGUCUCUUUUGGGGCAUCGAGUUUGUCGCGGACAAGGAGACUAUGGCCCCCUUCCCGUCCGAUGACCAUGUCUGCAUGGAAAUCUGUGAGCUGGGAUUGACCGAUAAGUAUGGGAUCAAUGUGUAUCCAGGUGGCGGUUCAGUUGACGGAUAUACCGGUGACCACAUCAUCAUCUCGCCAGCCUUCAACGUCUCGCGAGAAGAUGUCGAGUGGAUCGCCGCAUCGGUAGGCCGGCUUGUGGCCGACUACUUUGCGGCAAAGGCCAAGGCUUGA